UUUUGGCAUCCAGAAUCCAGCAACAUACGUGAAUGAAGAAGUCUUCGAGAGCAGCUCCACGAGCAAGCGCUCUGAACCUCGGCAGACAUCACGCAGAGAUCUUCUGUCGAAUAUGGAGGAGAGUGCAUUUCAAGGCUCUGCAGGAGAUGAUAGCAAAGGCAGCGUACGUGUACCUAGUCGACUCAGUCAUACGGUCAGGAGAGAAACAAGUACGGUCGGCAGUGUACGUGGUCCUCAGCACUCUAUUGCUGAGAACAGUGGUGAUGGUGGUGGAUAUGCUCGGCUAGGCACAGGAGAACGUCGUAGACAAGGUGGUGAUGGUGGUGCUGCUGAGGCUCGUGAUGAUGGUGGUGAUGGUGGUGGAUAUGCUCGGCUGGGCACAGGAGAACGUCAAAGACAACCUGGUGGUGAUGGUGGUGGAUAUGCUCGGCUAGGCACAGGAGAACGUCAAGGACAACCUGGUGGUGAUGGUGGUGCUGCUGAGGCUGGUGAUGAUAGUGGAUAUGCUCGGCUAGGUACUGGAGAACGCCCUAGACCCGCUGCACCCAGAUCAUUUAGAGGUUCAACAAUCCGUGGAUCCGAUGAUAUUUAUGAUACUCUCAGGCUGAACAUUGACCCGACAGCACCUGUUGUUGACCCACCGGAAGAUGUAGAAGAUCUGUAUUCCCAUCUUCAAGCGCCGCAGCAAUACAGGCAACUACUGCGUCAAGACGUCAAGCUUGGACAACGGCUUGGCUCCGGGGAGUUUGGAGUUGUACUGCGAGGUGACUGGACUGUUGGAACUACCGAGAUACCAGUAGCCGUGAAAGUUUUAAAGGACACCAGAUUGGAGGCACGCAAAUCCCUCCUGCAAGAAGCCGCAUUGAUGGGACAGUUUUUCCAUGGCAACGUGGUCAAACUAUGUGGUGUUGUUACUGCCAGUGAACCAGUACUGGUUGUACUGGAGUACAUGGCUAGAGGUGACCUGCGGAAUUAUCUUCUCUCCAUACAACCAGACCCUGGACAGUUGGUUGAUGAUGACAUGCUCACUAAGCUAUACAGACACUGCAGACAGAUUGCCGACGGCAUGGCGUAUUUGGAGAACCGUCAGUUUGUACACAGAGACCUUGCUGCUCGUAAUGUCAUGAUGGACUCACACAAGAUAUGCAAAAUUGGAGACUUUGGUAUGUCACGUCGACUAGCUGAUGAUACUUACUACCAAUCUCAUGGUGGCAAGAUACCUUUCAAGUGGACUGCUCCUGAAGCUCUGCUGUACCGCAAGUUUUCCUCGGCAAGUGACGUGUGGAGCUUUGGUGUCGUUAUGUUCGAGAUCUAUGCCUUCGGGAAGAAACCUUUCUUUGGCAUGACACCGGACAAGGUGAUCAGGCUUAUCGAGGAGAAAGGUCGUUCUGCCACCUCCACCAGGCUGUCCCCUGUGCCAAUUAACAGACAGAUGAUAGAGUGCUGGCAUCCGACUAGCCGCAGUCGUCCUCUCUUCACCACCAUUGCCAAGCGUUUGCAGCGAAGUCAACAAGAAUUCACGAAACCCGCUGUUCUGGAUAGCGAUUCCACUCUGGACCGCACCGCUGCACAGGAAGAGCAGAGUCGCCUGGCCACAGUUCUUGGUGUUCGCUUGGUGUACGGUGAGCCGCUCUACAGGGACUUACAGAACUGUUACAGAACUCUGAGUAGGCAGUAACAGUUAGCAUUGCUGCGGUGUGCCAGUCGCAAAAUGUGGACACGGAAGCCUGUAUGAGUGUUUAAUGUGUACGGUGAACCGUACGGGCCGAUUUCCACUUUCCAAUAUUGUUUUGCCACGCCAAAUGCAACAUAUAUGGGGCGAAUCCCUGACUUCACCCCAGACAAAUGUGCCUUUAUGAACCAUCUAUGCAUGAAAAACACGAAAA